UUACUUUUGACAAUUCCUUUUUAUAAUAUCGAUUUUUAAGAUCGUUAUUUCGUGAAUCAUUUUUAAUUUACGCAAACGCAGUUAUGAGCGACAAUAUAUCGUUCUCUGAACAUUGCAGAUCAGACAACAUUCAUACGGUAAUAGAACAUAAAGAGAUUCAAGAGAUGUCUCAAGCCUACGAGCGUUCUAAGCUUGACAAGGGCGUUAAUAUUCACACGACGCGUUCCCGAGGGGGAAGUCUAGUCGAGGAGGUCCAGGAUAAGCUUAAGAGGUUCAAAGUACGUACGGUUAACAUCUUGGUGGGAGGAGAAGAUGAAGAACAGAAAUAAAUAAAAGGAUAAAAACAAAUAUAAUUUUUUUAAAAGAAAAAUUGUAAAUUAUUCAUUCAUUUCUUUACCACGAAAUUAAGACACUAUCUUCACGCAAACUGCGAGGAAAACAACGAUUGAUAGGUGAAAUUAUAGUGUUUUCAAGCCUAUGGGAGGUUGAAUCUUAUGGGCUAAAUGGAUGUUCAUAGUUUCGAAAAGCCCAUAUAGUUGGAAUAUCUGUAGACCCUUGUAUAUCUAUACCAA